CGAUUCUUGAAGAUGGCUAUAGAACUCAGCUGCUCGGAUUGAGUUGGGCAGGUCAUUCCACCAGCAAUUAAACCAUUAUCCGCAAAAACCUUGGAAUAAUUUACACCAAGAUGUUCCCGCGCUCAUGUCAACUCGAUGACGUUUGCGCGCAUGCGCCUAAAAGCCCCAAGGCAGGCGCAUGCGUAUGACUGUAGUGGACUGCGCCAUUUUGCUUCGAGUGAGAAACGCUGUUUAUCGCGCUCUAUCUAAAAUUUGGUGAGUGUGCGCGGGGUAAAGAGAGACUCGUACUUCCACCGUAACGUUCUCACAACUAGAAAACAUGUCAGACUCUUCGACCGCAGAUGUGGGGCCUGUGGAGGCGGGGGUGCGUAAAUUAUCGGAGCUGAGAGUGAUUGAUUUGAAGGCCGAGCUGAAGCGCCGAAAUCUCGACAUCAGCGGCAAUAAGAGCCUGCUUUCAGAAAGACUCAAAAAGGCCAUUGAAGAAGAGGGUGGAAAUCCUGAUGAGAUCAUUGUACACCUAGAGAUAACUCCUAAAAAAACACCUCGGCGAACUCCAAAAGGAAAAAGACAAGACGAACCUGAUGAGCCUGAAGAUUGCACCCUUGAGGAGGACUCUGUUGAUGGCCAGGAGGACCCGGAUGCUAUUCCAGAGAACCUUCAUGAGAUGGAUAUUAUGGACAUGAAUGUCCUGGAUGAAGCUGAUAUGGGCAAUGGAUGUGAGCCCGAGGGAGACGAAUAUGACGAGGAGGUCCUAGACACGUUAUUGAACGAAGAGAACACAGCCAACCUGAGGGAGGAUGACGCAAAUAACCACGACGCAGAGGAUGUCACUGAUGUUGUCACGAGUAAAUUUGAGGUAGAGGAGGAAAUGGAGGCUAAUGACGUAGACGUGAAUGAGAACCAGGAAGCUCCUUGUCAGCAGGAGGAUGAUGGUGAGCAUGGAGGCGAGGACACAAAAAGUGUAAAAGAAAGUGAGAAAGUAGCCGGGUCUUGUAUAUCAGAGCCACUUAAGGAAGACACCACUGAAGAGCCGACUGAAGACGAGAAAUCUUCAGUCUGGGAUUCUCACAAAGAGGAAGACCAUGUGCAGGACCUUGCUAACGUCGAGGAGGCCGCCAAUUUGGAAGCCGAAUCGUCAGCCUGCGAAAUGGACGUUGAUGCAUCAAAGCAAAGUGAAAUUGAAUCAACAAGCAAGGACCAAGAAAAUAUUCAGGACAAUUUGGUGGACACCGAGAGCACUUCUGCUCAGGCCGCUAAUGGUAGCGAAACAGAUUUGCACGAUAUCGAAAGCGCAGUUGAUUCGGAAAGGGCAUCCAAAGGAGAAGCAGUCGAGGAAUGCAAGAAGACUGAACCUGCUGAGUCUUCAGAAGUGAAAGAGUCCUCUGUAGAGGGUGAUGAUCAGAAAAAGAGUGGUGAUGAGGAUUCAUCAAGCAAGCCUGACUCAAAAGAUGAUAAAGGUAGCGCAGCUGCUAGCGGAAGGAACCUUUGGGUCAGUGGACUGUCUUCAACCACGAGAGCGACAGAUCUAAAAAAUCUAUUCAGCAAAUAUGGCAAGGUUGUUGGUGCUAAAGUAGUAACAAAUGCCCGAAGCCCCGGUGCUCGCUGCUAUGGGUUUGUUACAAUGUGCUCUACUGAGGAGGCCACAAAGUGCAUCAGCCAUCUGCACAGAACCGAGCUGCAUGGCCGGAUGAUUUCAGUUGAAAGGGCUAAGAACGAGCCUGCCGGAAAGAAGCCUGCUGACAAAAGCGAUACCAAAAAGUCUGGCAGUGACAGAAGACACUCCUCGGACUCAAAGACAGAAAAAUCUGAGAACAAAGAUGAGAAGUCUGAAAUCUCUGAUGGAAAAGAGCAAGGAGGAGAGAGGACCGUCGUGAUGGACAAGUCGAAAGGAGAGCCGGUCAUCAGUGUGAAAACAAAAAGCAAAGAACGAAGCACUAAGAGCCGUGACCGUAAGUCCUCCAGCAAAGAGAGGAAGGACAUUUUGUCAUUUGACCAGAUCAAAGAGCAGAGAGAGAGGGAGCGCCAAAGGCAGCGGGAACGAGAGAUAAGAGAGGUGGAGAGACGCAGACACUCUGGUGAGCGAGACCGCGACAGCCGUACGGAGCGAGAGCGUAUCCGCCUCUUCCGGGAGCGGGAGGAGAAGGAGAGGUUGAUGAGGAAGCGCAACUGGCUAGAAGUGGAGAAGCAGCGACUAAAUGCGGAUCGCAUGGAGCGUGAGUUUUUGGAGCGCGAGCGUCUCCGAAUAGAGUACGAGCGGCGGCGUGAACAGGAGCGCAUUCAUCGUGAGAGGGAGGAGCUGAGGCGACAACAAGAACAGCUACGAUUUGAACAGGAUCGACGUUCCCUUAAGAGGCCUUACGACAUGGAUGGCAGAAAAGACGACUGGCAGAUGAAGAGAAUGACCAUGGAUGAUCGCGGUGGAAGGUCGGAUUUUGGACGCCAAGACCGCUACCAAGAUUUUGACCACAGAGACCGCAGCCGCUGUCAGGAUGACGUGAUGAUGGACAGGAGAGACAACAGAGGCGGGAUGCAAGGAGACCAGCACUUUUCAGAUCGGGACAGACAUGGCAGGGACAAUCGUGACAAUUGGGGUGGCGGAUACGACAAGCGUGGAAUGAAUCCUUCGAGGCCAGUGCCAGGCGGUCGUGACAACAGGGACUGGGAGCCUGGACGUAAAAUGGACGGGGACAGAAACUGGCAAGGAGCUGACCGAGGUGUCCCGGGACAGGGUCACGUGGCACGGGGUGGAAUGGCAAGCCGAGGUGGAUACAUACAGACAGGGACAUCCCAGUCAAUCUCUGGAGCCUUAAACCGACCGAAUCAGAUGAUGCAAGGCAGCGGAAUGCAGGGAGGCGGAGCCUUUGGUCGACGCUAUUAACUUGCAUCCUCUUCCCUUGUUUAUCUGUUGUGUGCAAAGAGACUUUGCAGCUUGUAUAUUGCCAUUCAAGCUUUGUAACAAUUUUUUUUAAGUCCACUUUUCUUUUCAUGGUGUAAAGACUUAACAGAAAAGUGGUUUCAUUGUGUAGAGAUUUUAUUUCGACUUUAGUUUUUUCUCCAUUCCACAUCUCUAGAUUUUAGUCAUUUCUGUGGUACACUUGGUGAAUGCUCAGGAAUGUUUUGCUAAAAUGAAACCUAUCUUUGACACCAUUAACUAGAUGUCCACUUGUUUUUGACGUGUUUCAAUAAAUU